AUGUCGCGAAUUCCCAAGUGGAAGUUUGAGAAGAAUAAGGUCAAAGUGGUUUUUCGGCUGCAAUUCCAUGCCACUCACGUAAGCUCUUUCCUUUGUAGUCUUUUUCCCUAGUUUUUGUCUUUUAUUUUUCACCCUCUUUCUUAUCUCUGUUGUAAAGUUUGUGGCUUCAUGAAUCUUCUUCAGUGCAUUAUGUGCCAGAAAUUCAGGAAGUGUCCUCUGCUCACGAACUCGAUUUCUUUCUUGCAAUGUGUAAUGCCUUUGCUUUUUUGAAAUCUUAGUCAGCAAAUUGCAGCUCAUAUAAUUUUUGGUCUCCAUUGUAAACGGGAAGACAUUAAGUAAUGCAGAGGUUCGAGAGAAUUCGCCAGGGAAUUUCAAAUAUCUAAUCUUUUAGAAAUGUUUACGUUUUUGGUGACUUGUUGUGUUGGUGAAAUUUUACCCCCUGUGUUCGUUUGAGCUUGUGAAAACAACCGGGGGAUGUUUUAUACGGAUUAGUGAAUUUGUGUUGCUUUAUUUUUUAAUUGAUUUUCUUGUCACCUCGGAAAAAUAAGAUAAGUGGCGAUCUUAGUUUAUAAUUAAUGAUGCAAUUUCUUUUUGAGUAAUUACUUGUAUGGAAUGCCAUGCUGACUACUGAGGUAUCUUUGUACAUCGAGUGCUCCAAACUUUUGCCAAUUCUGGUAUCUGUUUAUGUUCUUGUCCUUUAGUACUUCCAUUGGUGACUCAAUAUGCAAUAAGGUUACUGGGUUGAGUAUUUCUGUCACAAUUGUGGAUCUUGCACUCUUAGAAUAUGCCGUGGUACCUUGCUGGUCAGCUCCAGCAUUGCAUGUGAAUAACUGGUUUUGAAACUAAUCACAACUGGUCCAUGAAUUUCUUAAAUUUUUUCUAAAUGCUCUGUAAACAUUCAUUUUCCUUGCAGAUUCCACAAACAGGAUGGGAUAAAUUGUUCGUGUCUUUCAUCCCUGAUGAGAUAGGAAAAAUAUCUGCAAAGACGAACAAGGCGAAUGUGAGGAAUGGGACUUGCAAGUGGGCAGACCCAAUUUAUGAAACUACAAGACUUCUUCUCCAGGACACAAGUGCAAAGAAAUAUGAUGAGAAAUUCUAUAAGCUUGUGGUUGCAAUGGUAUUGAUGUCUGUUUCAAAGUUCUAAAUAUCCCUAUUCACCCUUAUUUUUCAGUAUCAUAUUCUCAACUUCUCCACGGCAUUAGUUUCUUAUUUUACAGCCAAUUUUUUUUUCUCAAUAGAAGUUGACUGUAAUCUGGGUACAAUUCCAACAAUUCAGGGUACUUCUCGUUCAAGUUUCCUCGGCGAGGCUUAUAUCAAUCUGGCUGAUUACGCAGAUGCUUUGAAGCCUACCUCUGUCGUGUUACCCCUUCAGGGAUGUGAUUUUGGGACAAUUUUACAUGUGAGAUUCCGCUGACUACAAUUUUGCGCCUUAUGUCUGCUUUCACAAUAAUCAAUGAGAAACUGUUGUCACUUUGCUCCUUAAAUGAUUUGCGUGUCUUAGUCACAGUUUAUGUUGGAAACCUCCCUAUUUCCUUUUCUUUUUUCAAAUAAAGUAUGCUAACCAUCUUGAAUUAUUAAUUAGAAAUUCAAAGUUUCAUGUUUAUAAUGUUUUCAUGCCUUUUUCUGCGAACGUGUAGGUCUCAAUUCAGCUUCUGACCUCCAAGACAGGGUUCAGGUGCUAUUUUGAUACCUCAACUUUCUGUGUUCCCAAUAUCUCUCAAAUUUCUCACGUAUAAUACUUCAUGGCAGAGAAUUUGAACAGCAACGGGAAACCAGGGAGAAGGGUUUUCAUCUAAUCUCAAACCCAAGCCAAGAGCAUGUGAGAAAAUUAGGAGAUUCUGCCGAGAGAACCAUGGACAAGGUGGACAAUGUUUGGGCAUGCUAUUUUCACUGUCCUAAUGUUAUUCCAUUGUCCACUUUUGAUGAGUUUUGUUCAUCUGCUCGUAUUUGGUAAUAAAUUUUAAAAUAAAUCAUGCUACCCUAGUAAAUUUGUAAUAUUUUUGACAAUAUUUUCUGGCAUCACAGUCCUGAGUAGAAGGUUGAGGAAGCGUGGUUUCAUAUUUUUUUGCUUAAUACUGUAUUUUCUGGUGUGCUAGUUUAGUUCCCUACCUUUAUCCUGAAUUUUUUUGUUAUGUUCAUUUCUAUCACAUUUUAGUCUGAGAAAUUUGUCUAUAUUGUUGUGGGUUUGUAGUCAAAUUGUCUGGAACCUGACAUUAUUGCUUAGCUGUUAGAAUUGUGCUCUUUCGAAUUCAUUUAUUGAAAUUAGCAUGUAUCGCUCGUUUGUUUGGUGGAUACAUGUUUCUCGAAAACCAGAGUUCAAUUGUGCCGUCAUCAUUCAGUUAGAAGUGUCAUCUCACAUCCCUUUCAUCUUCUUGCCAAUGAUAACCCCUUAGGCACAUAGGAGGGUUCAAUUUAUCGGCCCUGGCAAUGACAGUACAAUAGAGGAUACACGACAAAGAAGUGAGUUGGUCAUCAAAAAAGUUUGAGCAGAAUCAUAAUAACUAACUAGAUUAUUAUGAACAUACGAUUAAAUUACCAUAAAAUAAGAGACUGACUGGUAUAAAUUUCCGAGGUAAUUUUUAUUUGUACAUCUGUUUAAGUUUAUCAUAUAAAGAUUCAUCGUCAUGUCCUUUUUAUAUAAAAAGUUACAUGACCUGGACCUAGGCCAAGGUCGCCUCUUUUAGUUUAUCGCUGAUACUUUGGGAGAUUCAGUUCGGACAACAAAAUGAAAGACUGAAUGACAUCUAGAUGAACUAAAAUAAAUGUCCCAUGAGUUUUUCUUUCUAAAGUCUGGGUACAACUUAGCUAGAUAGCAAACCCACGCUAUUUGCUUGCCCUCACAAUGUUGCGAACACAACUUUUUUUGCAGAAAAUGAUUUGCUCCAUUUUUUUCAUUUCAUAUAUGCAUCGUUCUUACUUUUUCCAUGUCAUUCAUGCUUCAUUGUCAUCCUUACCUUCAAUAUUAUCGCAUCAACCAGAACGAGUAAAUUUUUUUCUUUAUUUUCUUGUUGAAGCUAGGCAAAUGCAAGAGUGAGAUUUAGGCAAGUAUCUAAAGAGCUUUAUUCACUGGAAGAGAUGGAUGAACCAGAUGAAGAUUUUGAGGAAUCUGCUGCAGGAGUUGAUGGUUCAUCAUGCACUUCAGAUAGUAUGUAUGCUGAAAAGGUUGAUAUUUCUAGUACGCAUGGAAGCAGUACGAAGAUUACUAAUGACGGUGGUCAGAUCAAUCAAACUGAGAGUAGGCAUGAAUCACCGCACCAUCUUCUGGUACAGAGUACCAAUGAACGGGCCCAUGGAUGGAGUUCAGACUUUUCUGUGGAUAACAGUUUAUCUUCCCUUUAUGAUGAGAAUAUUAAAAUGAGAGAGUGUCUGGAGGUGGCAGAAUCAUCUAUUUUGGUCAUGUCGACGGAAAUCAAUUCAUUACAGUGCCUUGCAGGGGAACUAGGUGCUGACACUCAAAGAUUAACCCAUCAAUUUACCGCGGAGCUAGCUUCAGGAGAAGCACUGCUUGAAGAAGUGUCUGUAUUGAAAUCCGAGUGUUCAAAACUCAAAGAUGAAUUCGAAGUACUCAGGCAUUACAAGAGAAUGCUGCAUUUAAAUGGACGAAGGGUUGAAAAUCUGCAUAAUCCAGUUGUCUUUAGUGGAAUCUCUCCUGACAAUUUUCACAGCAUAAAAGAAUGGGCUGACAAACCUUGUUAUCUUGAGAAAAGGAGAUGUGAUUCUUCCGAUGCUUCUUUCGAUGGCACUGAAAACCAGCGUCACUUUUCCCCUGAAUGCCAGUCACAGUGCUUGGAGGUGGUGACACUUCUGGAGAAAAAGCUCAAAAUUCUUCGCAGCAAGAUGCAAGUCAGGUAUCAUGAAAAUGAUGUCGACUGUCUUUCUGAUUUUGACGGUGUUGAUUGUGUUCUUCAGAACCUUAAGCAAUGUAUUAUGCUUUCCUCAAGUGAUAUGAACCCAGUGAAGGGUAAUACCAAUGCAACUCAGGUAACAGGCAUAAAGCAUCUUAUUCCAUUGCAGACACUUCUAGACCAAGAACUAGAUAACAGAAAAAUGAUGAAAGAAAGGAUAUGUGAACUUCUUACAGAGUUGGAAGAAUCAAAAGCUGAGCAGGAAGCUCUAACAAGGAAAAUGAAUCAGAAGGUUCUACAUUAUGAUGCUCUCAUUCUCGAGCUGGAGCAGAGAAACAAACAAACCUUGAAUGAGUUGGAUAACGUCAGAGCCGAACAUUCUUCUUCCCUUUCUACUGUUUCAGCCUUUCGGAGUCAGAUUGAAAAAAUGCGUCACGAUAUGAAUGAGCAAUUCACGAAGUUGUCCGAAGAUAAGUGGUACUUGGAAUCCGUUAACAAAGAACUUGAGAAAAGGGUAAUGACCUCAGAGACUGUACUCAAAAGGAUUCGUUGUACAUACUCCACUGCGGUUGACCGGUUACAGAAGGAUCUUGAGUUGCUCUCAGCUCAGGUACUAUCUAUGUUUGAGACGAAUGAAAACCUUGCAAAGCAGGCUCUAGCAGAAGUGCCAAAGUUAUAUUUUGACGAGCAUGUUGAGGAGCAUCCAGAGUUUAUGAAAUCACGCCUGAGGAAUGAUUCGCAACCUAAAUUCGAUAAAAUUCUUGAUAAAUCUAAUGAUUUGGAUUGCCAUCAAGAGCCAUGUCCAUUUUCCAAUGCUGCUGAUCUGGGCUACAAAACAGGGCAGAGUUUUGACCCUGCAUCCGACUAUAAAGAUAGCCUGUUCACAAGGAUGCCUAUAUAUGCGGAGCAAGAUAUCAAGGAUGCGGGUGGUGUCAAUGGUACGGACUUGAGAGAAGGGAAAACUAGACCUGGUUUGAUAACACAUAUGCUCAUACAGGGAGAAAGGAAUUUGGUUUCCCAUACUGAGGAAUGUACAGGCAAAAUGGAAAAUAAUGAGUUCCAAGGGUAUGCUCCGAUUCUGAAGCAUAAAUGUGACUAUGAAGAAUCCAAUGUGGUUAUUCCUUCUGUCAGUAAAGACCAAGAAGCACAACUUCAAGUGAGAGGACCAUACCGUCUUAACGAAAAGCUUUACUUGAACAUGGAGGAAGAACUCCAUGAAGUGUAUACUUUGAAUGUGGAUCUGGAAAUUCUUGUGAAAGUUCUGCAAGAAACACUACGUGAAAAGAAUUAUCUAGUAGGAGAUAUGAAGGAGAAGAUGGACGAACUUUCACAGCAGCUAGAUCGUUCCACCAAGUCUGAAGGAUUGUUGACACUUAAGCUGCAGGAUGCAUUUGAUGGUAUUAGGGUUUUGAGGGAGGAUGUGACUAAGUUCAGUGUCAAAUGUGAGGAUCUGACGGUAGAGAAGUAUAUCCUACACGAAAAUUUGCAAGACGUCUACGAUAAAAAUUCCUCUCUCGCACAAAAGCUAGUGGAAUGUGAAAGAUUGAUCAAUGACUUAAAGAUUUAUGAGAGUAGGUACACGCAGUGCGCUGCAGAAAAUUCUGUUCUGGAAAACUUGUUAAAAGAAGAAAGUCUGCAGAAAAGUUGCCUUGAAAGCGAGAUUAAGUACAUCGUGCAAGAUUACAGUUCACUGAAAAUAGAGCUUGAUAAGAAGUCCUCCACAAGCGAUGAUCUUGGAAAAACUGUUGAUCUUCUGGGAGAGCGGCUGAGAUGCAUAUGUUCUAAUAUAGAAUCGUACGGCAGUCAGGUGUAUGGACCUAGUUUUGCUAGUGUAUCCAUAAAGCAGGAACUAGAGAACAACGACCAUCUGGCUGUAGUCUCACAUCUUGAGGAGCUUCAAAUGGAAGCGUUUGAGAAAAUUCUCAAGCUCAAUGAAGAGAUGAAUAAAACAAAGAAAGAAAAGGAUUCUCUUCACGUUUUUUUGAAAGAUAUGGGGUCAGAACUUCUUUUGAUCAAGCAGAAAUCUGAAUCCGAACUGGAGGAGAUCACUUUGAAGUUGGAUCUAUCAAACUCUCUUGUGGAAAAGCUUAGGUUAGAAUUGCAAGAUGUUAGAACAGAACUUCAAACCAAAGCAGAAUCUGAACAAAAACUUGUCGAUAGGAACAGAGACUUGACGUCAAAACUCACAAUAAUGGAAUAUAAACUUCAAGAUGCAGACAAUGAGACGAGGGAUAUUUCGAAAAAGCUACUGGAGUUUGAUAGAAUAUAUGAGGAACUUGAGAGGUCUCGAAUGGAUGUUGUUAAUUGCAGGGGUGAAAAAGAAACUUUAGUCCUUUCACUACAGUCCAUGAAAGAAUCAACAUUUCAACUGGAAAACGAACUUAGCAAUUUAAAAGAACAACUAAAAUGCGGCAGUGAGGAGCUAAAAACAGAGAGGGUCACUAAGGUGAAGCUGGAGGAUACUAUUACUAAUCUUACUUCGCAACUGAAUGAGAAGAACGAGCAAAUAUUGUCAUUGCAAGAACAAAAUGCUGAGCUGGUCCAUCUCAGGUUACAAUUGUCUAAUUAUGAAUCAGAGAAGUCUGGAUUACAGAAUCUUUUGUUGCAUCAUGAGGAGCGCCGAGGAAAUCUGGACGAUGAAAUGUUUUCCCUUCAUGAUAGAGUCGCUGAUCUUUUCAGAGAACUUAGCAGCCUAAAGGAAGCCUUGAGAUCUAAAAAUGACGAACUGCUUGCUGAAAGACUUUUUAGAGGGGAAAUGGAGGGUAAAAUAGCACAUCUUACGUCUCAACUGAACGCAAAACGUGAGCAGGUAUUAUCCUUGAAUGAACAGAAUUCUGAAUUGGCUCACCUCAGACAACAGGUUAUUAAUCUAGAAUCUGACAAGUCUGCUGUCGAACAACAACUUUUAUUGUGCAAUGACAAGUGCAGUAAAGAACUAGAUGCCCAGUUAUCCAUCCUCCACUCCCAGGUUAUGAAUCUAGAUACUGAACUAUGCAAAACAAGGGAAAGAUUGGGAUGCGCAUGUGAUGAAUUAUAUUCAGAAAGGGAGAUUAGAGGGAAUCUGGAGGCAACAAUUUCCGAUUUGACAUCUCUUUUGAAUGAAAAGCAGGAGCAACUGUUGCAUUUUGGUGAUCAAAAAGUUGAAUUGGCCAAUCUCAGACAACAAUUAUUGAAUCUAGAAUCAGAGAAAUUUGUUGUCGACGAAUUCCUGUUGAGCAGCAAGGAAAGAAUAGGUGAACUUGAUACUGAGAUAUCAGUUCUCUACUCCCAAGUUGCUGAUCUUGAUGCUAAGGUAAGAAACUCAAAUAAAUGUUUGAGGUUCACAGAGAACGAAUUACACUCAGAAAGAGAUAGUAGAUUGAAACUGGAGUCAGCAGUUUCCGAGCUUACAUCUCUUUUGAAUGAAAAACAAGAGCAGCUUGUAUCCUUUGAAGAAAUAAAAGCCGAGCUGACCCUUCUUAGGCAAGCAAUGUCAGACAUAAAAUCAGAAAAUUCUGAGCUUCAGAAACUUUUGCUCCGUGGUGAUGAACUCUGCUGUCAAAUGCGCGGUGAAAAUUCAUUGCUUAAUGUUCAAAUUACCGACCUAGAAACUCACGUAUGUGUAUUGCACAAGCUCCUGCUGUCUGCCAAUAUCGAAGCCACUUUUAUAGGAAGUCAGUACCAGACAAAUAUGCAGGAGCUCUUUGACAAGUUCAGAAUAUUAGAAGAGAGCAAUAAGGAGCUUCAAAAAAAUCACUUGGAUGUGGUUGCGGAGCUACAGAAUUGUAUGGCUAUAAAGGAUUAUUGUUAUAAAGAAAAUGAAAGGUUAUUGGAAGACCAUAAACUGUUGAAGUCUGCUUUAGAACUUUCGGAACAUAGCAAAUAUCCAUUGGAUUCAAUCCAUGAAAGGACCGUUAAGUCAGAAAAAGUCGAUGGCCUAAAAGUAGAUGCACCUGAGUUGGGAAUUGAUGAUUAUGUAAAAAAGAAUUAUUUCCCAAAAGAGAUUGAGCCAUUUAAGCUGCUUCUAGAUUUUGAAGAAGAGAUGGAGCAUCUAAGGUCUUCAAAGGAUGAGCAUGAAAUCGCAGGGAUCAUCCUGAUGUCAAAAUUAUAUGAGCAACAAGAACAUAUUACUUUUUUGCAGGAAUCUCAUAGUGAAUUGAUUAACUUGCAGGGACAGCAUAAAGAGCUUAUGCACAGGCUUUCUGAGCAAAUUUUGAAGACGGAAGAAUUUAAGAAUCUGUCUAUCCGCCUGAAAGAACUGAAAGAUAAGGCAGAUGCAGAGACCAAUCAAAUUCGAGAAAAAAGAAACAGUGAAGCUCCUUCUGGUGCAGUGGUAGAGUCAUUAAGAGUUGCUUUUAUCAAGGAUCAAUGUGAAAUAAAGGUGCAAGAGCUUCAGAGUCAGUUAGAUAUAUCCAAAAAACAUGGAGAAGACAUAUUGAUGAAGCUGCAAAAUGCCCUUGAUGAGGUUGAGCUGCGGAAGAAGAGUGAAGCGUCUCAUGUCAAGAGAAAUGAGGAGCUAUCAAUAAAGGUUUUAGAAUUGGAGUCUGAAAUGCAGUUGGUGGUGGCAAACAGACGUGAAUUUGUUAAGGCUUAUGAUGAGAUUAAGGCUGAACUGGAGUGCUCCAUUAUUAGCACCGAGUGUUGCAAAGAAGAAAAGUUUAAGCUCGAAGCUUCACUGGGGGAGUGUAACGAGAACCUGAAAAAUCUGAGAGUCGAACUUGAGCUGACCAAACGUCAACUGGAUAGUUUGACAGCUACCUCAGAAAAUCUAGGAAGUCACGAUGCUGAUAUUGUUGGGUCUGUAGGACAUAAGUAUGGAGAAGAUGCAGUAGUCUCCCAGAGAAAUGGCCGGCAGGUUUCUAUUAGAGGUUAUGCAAAUCCAGAUGCUCAUUUCAGAGAAAAGUCUUCGGAGGUAAGCUUCUCAGGAAACUCUUUAUCUCAUUUGUUCACAUACAUCUCUUUAAUAAAUCUUGCCCUUGCAUCAGGCAUGCCUUUAGCUCCUUAAUCCUUCUGAAAAAAGGUGAUGUAUCCUCCCAACAUGUUGUAUUUCACCUUGUAAAGAUACAUGUUAGUUUACUCUCAUAGGGAUGCAGAUACAAACUGAUGCUAGCUCAAUGGUGGCUUAAGACAGGCUAUUAAAACAUAAAGCACGUCCAGGGGGGGUAGUCGAGACAUACGGUUUAGUUUCUAUUUUGUUAGAAAGGACUCAAAUCCUAUCGUUCUUUUAUUACCUCACUUUCCAAACCAAGGAAAUUGUGAGUUCUGCUAGAAUUUUGGGCUCUCCUCCAGAUCUUUUGGUAAAUUUUCCCUCCUUUGGAACUUCAGAUUAUUUUCUCAGCCUUGGUGACUCGUUAUGUUGUGACAUUUGGUAGAACCUAGAGUUGCGCAUAUUUUGAGGACAGUUGAUAGAAGGUAUACAUCUAGAGUCAGAUGCAGACCUCAAGGCAUGUUUGAAAGUCGAGAAACAUUUUUAUUUAAUUCUUCCUAGUAUCUUGAUGCCGGUCCCGAAUGUGACGGUAUAGAUGAUGACAAAUUCGUUGGUUCUGCGAAUUAUGCAUUGAAACUUUUCACCACGGAGGUGUCAACAAGUGGGAGAAUGCUAUGUUUUCUCAAUUUGAUGUAAAUCUAUUGCCACUUUUGAAGGAUGCGUAGAGAUCUACAAAGGGCAGCACAAUAUUUUUCACUACUUUUAAGUCAUUUCUGUUUAGACAUUCUCCAAUAAAUUAUUUUAUUUUAUUUUAUUUUUUCAACCCCCGUUUAGUGGGCGUGUUACCACUAGAGCCGAACAAAACACUCCGAAGUUAAGUGUGCUCAGGUGAGAACACCCCGUGUCGCAUCAAGCUCACAUUAGUACCAAGAAGGCCCCCAUCUCGCACCACGCUCCCACUAGUAUAAAGAAGGUCCAAAAAAAAAGAACUCCUUUUUUUCCCAAUAAUUUUUUCAUAUAAUACCUGAUAAUUCAUCGCUAUGACCACGAUCAAAGAUGAAAAAUUCCGAUCUUGUGUUGGCACCUCACGGGACCUGUUCCAGAAUUUGGAUGUGCUCCCACCGCAGUUUUGCUACAUUUUAGCUGUGAAAUCUUGCCGAGGUAUGUAACAUGACAAGCUUGGAAGUUUGGGUGACAUAGAUUGUCUCUUGUUUAGAUAUACUAAGUUCAUCUUAAUCGGAUCCAGGUCUAAAUCUAUGUGAGAACUUUGGAAAAUCUCGUUUUAUUUUACACAUGUAUCUGUUUUAAGUUUUCUUCCUAUUUCAAGAACAUGGACUAAUCAUCAGAACAACGUGCAAGCUCAGGAGGAUAAUCUGACAGCUUGACCCCAACCCUUGGUUUUUCCUUCCAUCGCCGCUGAGAUUUAUGCUUUCCUUCCAUGGAUAAGAAUCACAAGAGAUACCAUCUGAUGCACAUGGCUCUAUUUACCUAGCCCUUUUUUUUAAUUUUUUUAAUUUUUUUUUUCGGGGUCAUUCAAUCUCAUUAUCUCUGAUACCCAACAGGAAAAGGAAUCCACAAGAGGAGGAGGCCCUCUUCUAGAAGACACAGAGUAUAUGGCCAGCGUAGAGGAGCAAAAGAGGGAGCAACAGGACCUCAGGGCCGGCAUCGACCGCCUGCAGCAGGAGGUAUCUCUGUGAUCUUUGUUGGCUCAUAGUGUGGGGUGCAGUGCCCUUCUUCGUGCUUACCAUGAAUGCGACCUCCAUCUCAUUAUCAUCCACCUCGCAGCUGGAAAGGAUGAAGAAUGAGAAUCUUGAAUCCCUUCUCCCCGCAGACGAGCAACAACCGCUGGAUCCAUCCAUUCGCGGGUUGGAGAAGGAACUGCUACAACUCGAAAAGGUUGAAAAAAUUGCUAAAUUUUCCCUCAGAAAAGAAAAAAAAAUCAGAACAUUUGUUACUUAUUUUAGUGAUAUCCCUUCUUCUUUGCCAGGCAAAUCAACGUUUGGGGAUGAUAUUUCCCUCGUUCCAAGAAUUCCCGGGCCAUGGGAACGCAUUGGAACGGGUGCUCGCCUUGGAGCUUGAGCUCGCGGAGGCACUGCAAGCGAAGAAGAAGCCAGAGAUCGUCUUCCAGAGGUACGGCGGCAAUCCUCAUGAUCUCGCGCAUCUAUCCAUAUAUAUAUAUAUAUGGUCAAAUCAUUAACACUCCAGUUUUAUUAUUCCGGUAAGAUGCAAAUGCAAAUCCAUGAGGCUAGUUUACUUUCCAAAGAUGAAGAUAGAUCUAGGAGCCCAGAGAUUGGUUGCCACUUGUUUUAUUGAGAGGCAUCCACGUGGUAAGAAAUGGGCUCUAUUGAAAGUCAAACCCGAGUCGGAUGAGGACCCACCUGGGGGGCUCUCUCCUUCUCGAUCAACUGAUUGUUAUCCCCUCUGGAGUUGCUCGGUCAACUCAUCAUUAUCCCCUCUGAGGUUGCUUGGUUAACUCUUUAUAUUCCCCCUCUGAGGUGCUCGGCCAAUUGAUUAUGACCCCUCCUCGGCCGUCUCCCCAGCUCGUUCCUCCGGCAGCUUGGCGACGAGGCUGCGGUGCUCCAGAGCUUCAGGGACAUCAACGAGCUCAUCGGAGACACGCUCAACGUGAGGGGACGCCACGCCGCCAUGGAAUCAGAGCUCAAGGAGAUGCACUGCCGCUACUCCCAGCUGAGCCUGCAAUUCGCCGAGAUGGAAGGCGAGCGGCAGAAGCUCCUCAUGAAGCUGAAGAACAUUAGGAGCCCCCGGAAAGCCCAGCCCUGA